UGGAAGGCCGAGCGAUGAUGCAGUAGCAAAAUAACUUAGCAAAAUAAGAUCCGCCCGGCGCUUUUUUGCCAACUGCAGAAAGUCGAGUCAACCAGUCGCUGUUCUCGCAUUUCUCGCGCCUCAAUCUCUCCCCUCCCCCACAACCGACUUCUCCGCUGCUCUUGACCGGUUCUCCAGCUUGUGGCUUCCAAUUGUGUUUUUCUUUUAAGAAAAAAGAAACAACAAUGCCGUUGUGGAAAGAGGCGUCGCUGCAGCUGCGCUACGCAGCGUCCAAGGCCGCCGCUGGAGAUCGGAUAUGCCUUGCCCAGUCGAAGAGAUUCCUCACCAACUCGGUCACUCGACGAGGUUUGCAGAAUGCAGACCGAAAUAUCAGCAGCAGGCGAUCCAUUCACGUUUGGAACGGACUGAGGAAUCACGGUCAAGCACACAACACUGCCCUGGCGCGACGACAUUUCUCCGCCACUGCAGGGCAAGCUCAUGGCCAUAUUACACCACCGAAGCCUGGAGAGGAGAUCAACGUUUCCUUUAUCGACAAGGACGGUCAGAAGCACGACUUCCAGGUGUCUGAAGGUGACAACCUGCUAGAUAUUGCCCAGGCAAAUGAUCUGGAGAUGGAAGGUGCUUGCGGAGGCUCCUGUGCCUGCUCAACCUGCCAUGUCAUUGUCGAGGACCCGGAUAUGUACGAUAAGAUGCCUGAGCCGGAUGAUGAUGAGAACGACAUGCUGGAUCUUGCAUUUGGAUUGACGGAGACUUCCCGCUUGGGUUGUCAGGUGGUAAUGAACAAGGAGCUGGACGGAUUAGUUGUCCGGCUUCCUACCAUGACCCGAAACUUGCAGGCAAGCGAUUUCGAGGACAAGAAGAAGUAGCGUAUGGUUGAUUGUCUUGACCAUGACAGCUGCCGCCGUCAAAUUGUAUUGUAGAUAGAUAUAUAUAAUUACCAGGAAAAUGUGUUUACAGGCAACGAUU